CGUUUCCCAUCCUGAGAACAGGGACGAAGCCAUCGAAAUGCGUAGGAGAAGAGCGCACGAAGAAGAAGAAGAAGGAGGAGCAGUAAGGAGAACGAAGAGGAGGAGAACGAACCUGGUGGAGAUGAUGUUAAAGCCCGACGAUCGGCGGCGGAAGCGGCGGCGCACGGCGACGGCGACGCCGGCGGCGGGGACCGACUACUUUGACGCGCUCCCCGACGACCUCGUCCUCUCCGUCCUCUCCAAGCUGAGUUCCUCCGCUUCAUCCCCCUCCGAUCUCAUCAGCGUCGCCCUCACAUGCAAGAGAUUGAACGAGUUAGGGCUCCAACCCCAGGUGCUGGCCCGAGCGUCGGCGAAGGCCCUGGCGAUUCGGGCGAAGAACUGGUCCGAGUCGGCCCACCGCUUCUUAAAGCGCUGCUCCGACGCCGACAAUCUCGAGGCUUCCUACAUCCUCGGAAUGAUCCGGUUCUAUUGCUUGGAGAAGCGGGGGAGCGGGGCGGCGCUGAUGGCGCGGGCGGCGAUGGGGUCGCACGCGGGGGCGCUGUACGCGCUGGCGAUAAUACAGUUCAACGGGAGCGGGGGCGCGAAGGGGGACAAGGACCUGCGCGCGGGGGUGGCGCUGUGCGCGCGCGCCGCCGCCCUCGGCCACGUCGACGCCCUGCGCGAGCUCGGCCACUGCCUCCAGGACGGCUACGGCGUGCGCCGCAACGUCGCCGAGGGCCGCCGCUUCCUCGUCCAGGCCAACGCCCGCGAGCUCGCCGCCGUCCUCACCGCCACCGCCUGCUGCCCGCUGCUGUCGGACUUCGGGUGGAGCGUGCCCCCGGCGGAGCCGCACCCGGCGAACCGGUUCCUGGCGGAGUGGUCGGCGGCGGGAGCGGGGAGGAGGGCGGAGGCCGGGGGGAUGGGGCUGCGGAUGUGCUCGCACGCGGGGUGCGGGCGGUCGGAGACGCGGCGGCACGAGUUCCGGCGGUGCUCGGUGUGCGGCGCGGUCAACUACUGCUCGCGCGCCUGCCAGGCCCUCCACUGGAAGCUCGUCCACAAGGCCGACUGCACCCCCAUGGACCGCUGGCUCCUCGACGCCGCACCCGCACCAGCACCAGAACCUGCUGCUCCUCCUGCUCCUGCUGCUCCUGCUGCUGACAUGGCGAUGGGAUGAAGAUGCUCGGGAGGGUUUCGUUGGGGUCGUCGCCGUAUAUUUUGUCGCGUUUUGUAUGUACAGUAGUAGUAGUAGAAAACGAGAAAGAUGCUCUCUA